CUGGCCGGGCAAUUUACUAGUAAAUCAAUAGAGAAUUUAAGGUCGACAUUAUUCAACUCCAGGUUUUAAUCCUCUGCUUCCGUCCGAUGCAAGGCUUGUCAGGCGGGAAAAUGUUAAGCAACAAAAAUAAGAAUUAAGAAACAAAAGAAGAAUAAAACGGCGCCGUAAUUGGGAUCCGUUAUGGCAGAAGAAAAAAGGCGCUAAUUUUAGCAGGAAAAGGAAGAAAAAAAGGCGCUAAAUGAUUCAUCCCAAAAAACAGAGGAAAAUUGCAGUCGCACCGGCUAUAAAAGGAUUCAGCCACGGAGGCUCCUUCCAGUUUCAUUUCUUGUCCCGCAAGAUUACUAACCGUCUUCGAACUGGGGUGUGAGAGAGAGAGAGAAAUAGAGGAGCGAGAAGGAGAGUUGACGGGGAAUUUUCUGUUUCUUCGGGUGGUGUGUAUAGGAAUUCUUGUCCUCUCAAAACUGAAAAAAGCUUCAUUUGUCCCGAAAUCAACGACGACGGUUCUCUUCUUCUUCUGGGCUAGUCGCCAUUCUUGCUGGGUUGCAUUCAAGGAAUCUCCAUUCUUUCGUUUUCUUCUCAUUCCCGCGGAUUUUCUCGCCACUGUUUCAUCUGCUAGCCGUCAUCAUGUCUCAGACGAACUUCGAUGCUGAUAGAAUGCUGGAGGUCUAUAUAUAUGAUUACCUUGUGAAGAGGAAAUUGCAUGCUUCUGCAAAGGCAUUCCAAGCUGAAACCAAAGUGCCUACCGCUCCUGCUGCUAUCGAAGCACCUGGUGGUUUUUUGCUGGAAUGGUGGUCUGUGUUCUGGGACGUCUUCGUUGCAAGGACAAAUGAAACGCAGCAGCAGCAGCAACAACAACAGCAGCAGCAGCAACAACAACAGCAGCAGCAGCAACAACAGCAGCAGCAGCAGCAACAACAACAGCAGCACCAGCUGCAGAGAAGAGACGGCGGCCAUAAUCCAAAUGCAGCUGCAAAUUCAUCGCUUGCUGGUAAUGAUGCUCCAAGAUACACAUCUCCAACUGCCAGUGCUAUGGCGACAAAAUUGUACGAGGAUAAGCUGAAGCAUCCACUUCAGAGAGACUCCUUGGAGGAUGCAGCUAUGAAGCAAAGUAUGAGCGAUAGCAUGAACCAGCCUAUGGAUCCAAGUAAUGCAGCAUUGCUGAAAGCAGCUGGAUUGGGAGGCCAGCCUCAAGGUCAAACUAUGCAUGGUUCAGCUGGAAAUAGGGGAAAUCUGCAACAUUCUGAGAACCGAAAUCAGCAACUACCUAUGUCCUCUCAGGACAUAAACAAUGAGAUGAGUACAAUGAUGAUUCCUUGGUCUUCUGGUGCAGAAGGAAUGUCAGUUGGAGUUCAUGGGCUGAAUCAAGGCGGAAGCAAUUUGCCACUGGAAGGAUGGCCCUUAACUGGGCAGGAUCAAUUUGGUCUUCUUCAGCAUCAAAGGUUGAUGCAAAGUCCUCAGCAGCUCGACUUACAACAACAACUGAUCUUUCAAGCACAGCAAAAUCUAUCGUCGCCAUCUAUCAAUGAUCUAGAACAGAGAAAAUUAAGAAUGCUUCCCAGUAACCAGAAUAUGGGUGUUUCUAAGGAAGGGCCAUUAAGUUCAGGUGACAUGCUUAGUAACAUUGGAUCACCAAUGCAAGUUGGUUCCCAUGGAAUGCCACGAGACACGGAUAUUCUAGUCAAGUUACAGCAGCAACAACUUCAAGACAACAACCAGCAACUGUACCCGCGACUCCCACUUUCAAGUCAACAGGCACAAAAUUCAAAUCCCUUGCUGCUGCAGCAGCAGCAGCAGCAGGACAGAAUGAUUGGUUCAGGUGGCAUUACUGCAGAUGGUAGCAUGUCAAACACCUUUCACAGAACAGACCAGGUUUCUAAACGAAAGAGAAAGAAGCAUGUGUCUUUUUCUGCAAACACCACUGGCCCAUCCCCAACUUCUCGUUCUACACCUGGAGAUGCUAUGUUGCUGCCUACCGCACCACAAAAUCCUAAUUCCUCAAAUGAUUGGGCUGAUAUGGAUAUGAUUCUAAAUGACCAAACUCUGGAUGAUAAUGUCGAAUCUUUCUUUUCGCAUGAUUCUGGCGAUCCAAGGGACAGAGUUGGUCUGUCUACUGAUGUCACUAAAGGAAACAAAUUUUCGGAGAUCCGGGUCCUGCCAGCCAGCACAAGUAAAGUUGAAUGCUGUCACUUCUCAUCAAAUGGAAAGCUGCUUGCUACUGGCGGACAUGACAAAAAAGUGACACUUUGGAGCACAGAAUCUUUCACAGUAAAUUCUGGACUUGAAGAACAUUCACAGUGGAUUACUGAUGUCCGUUUCAGCCCAAGCAUGUCGAGACUUGCUACAUCUUCUGCUGACAGAACUGUUAGAAUUUGGGAUGCUGAUAAUCCAGGCUACUCACUUCGGACCUUCACAGGACAUUCUGCAAGUGUCAUGUCAGUUGAUUUCCACCCUACUAAAGAGGACCUUUUAUGUUCUUGUGAUGGUAAUAAUGAGAUGCGCUACUGGAGUAUCAUGAACGGCAGUUGUGCUGGAGUUGUCAAGAAUGCUAUGAAGAUGAGAUUUCAACCUCGCCAUGGAAGGCUCCUUGCAGCAAUGGCUGAAAAUUUGGUUUACAUACUGGAUGUCGAAACUCAAGUUGGGAAACUCGAAUUACAGGGUCAUAAAAGCCCAGUUAACUCUGUUUGUUGGGAUCCAUCUGGCGAGUUUCUUGCAUCUGUGAGUGACGAAUUGGUACGAGUCUGGAAAAUUAGCUCUGCCAGCAAAGGACAUUGUAUUCGCGAGCUAAACCACUCAGGAAACAGGUUCAACACCUGUGUUUUUCACCCAACCCAUCCAUCAGUCUUGAUCAUCGGAUGUUACCAGACUCUGGAGCUGUGGGACAUGGCUGAAAACAAGACGAUGACCAUUCAAGCACACGCGCAAAAGGUUUCCGCCUUGGCAGUAUCAAGCGACAAUGGCUUGGUAGCUACAGCGAGCCACGACAUGGUUGUCAAGCUCUGGAAGUGAUCUCUUGGUAGAGACUUGUUACUCCUA